AACCAAAUCAAAAAAUCGAAAAGAAUACAAAUAAUCUCAUAUUUCAUUAAUAAUGGCGGAGGAAGUGAAAUUGUUUGGUGCAUGGGGCAGCCCAUCUACCAGAAGAGUAGAAAUCGCCCUCAAAUUGAAAGGUGUGAAAUAUGAAUACAUUGAAGAAGAUUUAAAGAACAAAUCUCCUCUGCUUCUCACUUACAACCCUGUUCACAAAAAAGUUCCUGUUCUCCUACACAACGGUCAACCCAUAGCCGAGUCACUGAUCAUUCUCGAAUACAUCGACGACACGUGGCAGCAGCAGGGCCCACCCAUUCUGCCCAAAGAUCCUUAUCAGAGAUCCAAAGCUCGUUUCUGGGCUAAAUUCCUGGACGAUAAGUUUGCACCUCAAAUAUGGAAAGCUUGUUGGGGUGAGGGAGAGGAGCGAGAGAAGGGGAUUGAAGAAGCUACUGAAUCGCUGAAACUGCUGGAGAAUGAGAUUAAGGGCAAGAAAUUAUUUGGGGGAGACAACCUUGGACUUGUUGAUAUUGUUGCACAUUUCAUGGCUUAUUGGUCUGAAAUUCUUCAACAACUACUUGGCCUGGAUUUCUUUACCAGAGAAAAGUAUCCCAAUUUGUUUAAUUGGGGUGAUGAGUUCUGUAAUUGCAGCUUCGUCAAGGAAAACCUACCUCCCAAGCAUGAAUUGGUUCUGAUUUUCAAGGGUUUGACCAAUUCUUACACUUCAUCAGCUUAGGUUCAUAGCAUCAUUCAGUAAUAAAACUAUGUUUUUCUUAUUUCCUCCCACAUAUUUGGUUCUUGAUU